CAUGGACACAAGCCCACACACACACACACACACACACACACACACACACACACACACACACACACACACACACACACACACACACACACACACACACACACACACACACACACACACACACACACACACACACAACCUAUAGGUGAAGUCACCUGUUGAAUGGGGUGGGGGAAAUGGUGUUGGCAUGUGAUGUCAUAGCCGUGAAGAAGAAAAGCCACCACCUGGCCCCCAUUGGAGCAUUGAAGGCAGCAGUGUGGAGUGUCCUCAGCAGAGAGAAGACCUCCAGAGUCCAGACAUGGCCCAGGUGCUGAAGCCAACCGGAGGCAGCAUGGUCUCAAGAAGCCACCCGGAGUGUGGAGACGUGUACUCGGACCUGGCCACGGUGAGCUCCACUGCGGGUGAGUCCACUCUGUUCCAUGGAUAUGGCGUGUGUCUCUGUUGUCGGCUGGAUCUAUGGAUGGAUGGUUCUAUAGGGGUUAAUGCAGGAGUCUCAUCCAACUGUAAGCAACAGAUGACCCGCUGAUGGAUUUUGAAUCCUUUAUUCUUUUGAUACACUUUGUCUAAAUUCGCUGAUGCAAAUAUUCACUUGUUAACGUGUAAAAGGAAUCCAAACCUAAUCUAUGUUCGAGUGUCGCAAAUUCAACACUUCAAACCUCAUUAUAUGUUGAGUUAUUAGUAGAAACAGGCCAUUUUCAAUGGGCCGUUUGUUCCCUCCAACCACAGUAAUGUGGCUGCACUGCCCUCUCUCCAUGGACCAAUCUGAUAAAUGAGUCUGUGUUUUGGCUAUUGUGGCACUAAUCUGCCUCAAAUCCCCCUCCAGUGUCCACUUGGCCGCUUCUCUGACAGCUGAAGGCCUCUGGCGUCUCGGGUUGCCAGGUGGGACUGGGAACCACACAAGGUGGAUCCCCCUUUUCAGAACACCACCAUCAGUGAAAGUUGAUUGUGACAGUGAAUCGGGUUUAAGAGUUAAGACCACCUAUGUUCGUGUCUAUGGGGUCGAGCUGGGAAACACUGAGGUGGACCGUACAGGCCUAAGAAAUAGGAGCCAGGAGAGAGUUUAGUUCCCACAAUACGUGCGCGCGCGCGCGCGCGUGUGUGUGUGUACAAGUGAAGACUAUGGCAUCUGGUCAUGACCACCCACAACCACCCCUGACUCUCUUCCCUUUGUCCUCCUCAGAUAUCGGAGAGGUCCGCGGUGGCAUGGGAUUUGGGCGCCGGGGGCGCGACUUCCUGUCCCCGGCGCGGCGCCGCCACCGCACCAGCUUCAGCCACAAGCAGCUGGAGCAGCUGGAGGUGGCGUUCGCUCAGAACCACUACCCCGACAUCUACUGCCGGGAGGAGCUGGCCCGCCUCACCAAGCUCAACGAGGCCCGCAUUCAGGUUUGGUUUCAGAACAGACGAGCCAAACAACGGAAGCAGGAGCGAGCGUCCAAGAAGGCGCUUCCGGUGGGUGUCCUGCCGGGACCCGGGGCCCUGCUCAGCAGCAUGUGCAUGCCUGCUUCAGGUAUCAGCCGGCAGUUCUACCCCCAGUCCCUGCCGCACAUCCACCGGUUCAGCUCUAUGCUGCCCUCUGGUGGUUAUGCGCACCACCCAGGCGCCGUCCCUGGCCAGUGUCCCUGCCCUGCUGUGGUGCAGCCCCAGCCCCCGGGACCCCCUCGCCAGCACGAGGAAUGGUACGGGCCCCUCAGGACCAUAGGGGGCCCGCCCGCUAACCUGGGCACACCUGUGUUUUCCCUGGCCUCCAUGUCAUGUCUUGAUUCUGCCUCUUCCUGGAACUAAAAUUACUAGUGAGGAAAAUAUGUUUUUUUACUAAGAGGCCUAUGCAAAGAAGUUAUGAUGUUAAUGUAAUGCACAUUAACCAACCACAUAUAUCAUACAUAUUGAUUAUGUUUUCUCAUUUCCUGGGACUUUCUGGGUUUGUUCAUUUAUUUGAAUGAUUGUGAAAGGCGUGAUAGGCUUAAUGCCUAAUAUCGUUUUUAUAUACAGUAAAUGCAUUAUCUUCUCUGAAUUGUCUAUGGCUUCCACAUCCUAUGGGU